AUGAACAUUAAUCAUUAUUUUUCAUCUUCAAAUGUUGAAAGCCGACCUCGUCGUCGACGUCGUCAAAUAUCAUCUCAAGGUUAUGGUAGUGUACCUGGUGGAGGAUGGUCAGGAUCAUCAGGGAAUCCAAGUGGUGCCAUUCCUGGCGCCUAUUACGGAACAGGAAACAAUCCAAAUUAUGGUGGUUUGUCAAAUGUAAAUGGUUUGAAUACAAAUACUGGCGUAAAUAGCUAUCCAAGUGGAACAAAUUUAAAUCAACAACCAUAUGGAACAAACGUUAAUAAUCCAACAGGUGGAACGAAUUAUUUGUCGAGUGGAAGUAGCAGUUAUUCAAAUGUGUAUCCAUCAGGUACAAAUAUUAAUUCACAGUACCCUGUAAAUAAUGGUUAUCCAAAUACCAAUCUACAGCAAUCGUAUGGCACUAAUAAUAAUUUGAAUAAUCCAAGUGGUACAAACUAUUAUGGUCAAGGAAGUAAUUUAUUACCAGGAAAUAAUGCCUACGGUAAUAUGGGUUCAUCAUCGUGA